CCCAAGCAGGGCGAAGAGCCGAGCUCCAAAUCACAAAUCAGACGCCGUUCAUUGCCCUUGUCGGAUUUCCCAAACACCACGACCUAAGGUUCACGGUGUUUUGCUACUGCAAAUAUGUCAGGAACAAAACGCUUACCCGUUAGCCUGCGAGAGGGCUUCAACAAUGUCCGGAAAUCACAAGCGGGUAAAAACCCGUUGACGAUGCUCAACUUGGACCUAGUCCGCAACAUCAUAUUUUUCCUCUUCCUCUUUCGAUGGACCCGUCGCAUACUAUGGAAGCUCAAGGGCCGCGGCCUGCUGGGCACGGUGGUCGAGGUGUAUACCGAGGUUCGCCGCGUGCUGUACGGGUGGUUCCUUCGGAUGCCGGGCGUGCGAACCCAGGUGCGCAAGCAGGUCGACGAAGCCCUCACCAAACUGCAGUCUAAACUGGUCCCCACCAACGCGACACGCUACCUGACGCUGCCCAAGGAGGGCUGGGCCGAGGACGCCGUGCGCAAGGAGCUCGAGACCCUCGCCAACAUGGACCACACGCGCUGGGAGGACGGCUACGUCUCGGGCGCCGUCUACCACGGCGAGGACGACCUGCUGAAGCUGCAGACGGAGGCGUACGGCAAGUUCACCGUGGCGAACCCGAUCCAUCCGGAUGUGUUCCCCGGUGUGCGGAAGAUGGAGGCCGAGGUGGUGGCCAUGGUGCUGAGCCUGUUCAACGCGCCGCGAGGCGCUGCGGGCGUGAGCACGAGCGGUGGCACCGAGAGUAUCCUGAUGGCUUGCCUGAGCGCGAGGCAGAAGGCUUAUGUUGAGCGGGGCAUCACCGAGCCGGAGAUGAUCUUGCCCGACACGGCACACACGGCCUUCCGCAAGGCGGGUGAAUACUUCAAGAUCAAAAUCCACCUCGUUGCGUGCCCGGCCCCAAGCUACCAGGUCGACGUCCGGCGCGUCGCCCGCCUCGUCAACAGAAACACCAUCAUGCUCGUCGGCUCGGCGCCCAACUUCCCGCACGGCAUCAUCGACGACAUCUCGGCCCUCUCCAAGCUCGCCCUCAAGAAACGCCUACCCCUCCACGUCGACUGCUGCCUAGGCUCCUUCCUGGUACCCUUCCUCGAAAAAGCCGGGUUCGAGACGGUCCCCUUCGACUUCCGCCUCCGCGGGGUCACAUCCAUCAGCUGCGACACGCACAAGUACGGCUUCGCGCCCAAGGGCAACAGCACCGUGCUCUACCGCACCCAGGCCCUGCGCACCUACCAGUACUUCGUCGACCCGGCCUGGCCCGGCGGCGUGUACGCCUCGCCGGGCAUCGCCGGCUCGCGCCCGGGCGCCCUCAUCGCGGGGUGCUGGGCCAGCCUCGUCACGGUCGGCGAAGCCGGCUACCUGGCCUCGUGCACCGAAAUCGUCGGCACCACCAAGAAACUGCUCGCCCACAUCCAAGCCUCCCCGACCCUCUCGACAGAGCUCGAGAUCCUCGGCAACCCGCUCGUCAGCGUCGUCGCCUUCCGCACGCGCGCCCUCAACGUCUACGACGUCGCCGACGCCAUGUCGGCCCGCGGCUGGCACCUCAACGCCCUGCAGGACCCGCCCGCCAUCCACGUCGCCGUCACGCGGCCCGUCGUGAAAGUCUGGGAGCGCCUCGCCGCCGAUCUCGAGGCCGUCGUCGACGCCGAGCGCGAGAAGGAGCGCGUUCGCGCCGUGGAGGGCAAGAAGACCCGCGGCGGGCAGGAUGUGGCCGGUGAUGCGGCCGCGUUGUAUGGGGUUGCGGGCUCGCUGCCGAAUAAGAGCGUCGUGGUGGAUUUGGCGAGCGGGUUUUUGGAUUUGUUGUAUAAGGCCUGAUGGCCUGAUGUGGGCGUGGGUGUUUCUCUCCUGGGGUUGG